UUCCGUAGUGACAGCUAGCUAACUCCAGCCGACACAUGGAAUGUUUACAAGUUUUCAGUAAACCAGUUUUUCGUGUGUGUGGGAAAAUCUUCACUUCUCAGAUAACUGUAUAACCGGAGGUCUCUUCAACAGCAACCACAGCUGAGUUUUACAUCUGUCUUCACGAGCUCCAAGCGAACGGACAGGACAAAACAACCGAGAUGGCAGACUGUGCCCCCUCUGUUGCCACGGAAGCUGUCCUCAUGCCCAGCUGCGAACUCCCAGAGAACAUGACCAAGAUCAAGGGCUAUGACUUCAACCAGGGGGUCGAUCUCCACCAAGUGCUGAAGUCCUACCUCACCACGGGUUUCCAGGCCAGCAGCUUGAGCUUGGCCAUCCAGCAGAUCAACCUCAUGAUAGAGAAGCGGCUGGAACCAGUGGAGGCAGGAGAGGGAGAUGAGUCUGGUGAAUCCCCCCCACGCUCGGGCUGCACCAUCUUCCUGGGUUACACCUCCAACCUCAUCAGCUCCGGAGUCAGGGAGAGCAUCCGCUAUCUGGCGGAGCACAAAAUGGUGGAUGUGAUUGUUACCACAGCUGGAGGUAUCGAGGAGGAUUUUAUUAAGUGUCUGGCUCACACAUACCUGGGAGACUUUAGCCUGCCCGGGAAGGAGCUCCGCUUGAAAGGAAUUAACAGAAUAGGGAAUCUUUUGGUGCCCAAUGAUAACUACUGUAAGUUUGAAGACUGGGUGAUUCCCAUCCUGGACCAGAUGUUGUUGGAGCAGAACACUGAGGGAACCCGUUGGACUCCCUCCAAAAUGAUCCAUCGGCUCGGGAAGGAGAUCAAUAAUACUGAGUCGGUCUACUACUGGGCGUACAAGAAUAAUAUCCCAGUGUUCAGUCCUGCUCUGACAGAUGGCUCUCUUGGGGACAUGAUCUACUUCCACUCGUUUAAGAGCCCUGGCUUGGUACUUGACAUAGUGGAGGAUAUCCGCAGAAUGAACAGCCAGGCGGUUUUUGCCAAGAAAUCAGGAAUGAUCAUCUUGGGAGGAGGCCUGGUCAAACAUCACAUAGCCAAUGCUAAUCUUAUGAGGAACGGAGCCGACUAUGCAGUGUUUGUAAACACAGGUCAGGAGUUUGAUGGCUCGGACUCUGGGGCCAGACCUGAUGAGGCCGUAUCCUGGGGCAAGAUCAGAACAGAUGCCAAACCUGUCAAGGUGUAUGCAGACGCCUCUUUAGUCUUCCCUCUGAUCGUGGCAGAGACCUUCGCGCUCCAUGCGGACAAGCUGACCGCUGGAAAGAAAGCAGAUUAAAUGGUGUUCUCCUUAAACUCUCUGUUAGAAACAACAACCAGCUGUGUCGCUCUGGUUCUUCCUUCUUACUUCUAAUUGAACAUAUGAGUUUGAUCCUGUGAACCUUUCCAUUGGAAAUACAUGGUUACCCCUUGGAAACUGUAAGAGGCAGCAUUGUGAUGUUGUCACGCAUACAAUGCUGCGAAUGAAAAGCCAUUUUGAGAGGGAAGCGAUGGUGAGGGUUUCCUGUCUUAAUGCUUUCAAAACCUAUAAUGACUUGUUUAAACAAGUACAGUUUUUUUCCUCACGGUCUCGACAGCUGAAAUCGCAUGGUGAGCAGGCUAUAGCAUGCACCAAAGAGAACGGAUCAGGUUUUAGCUGUGGCAAGUGUGUGUGUGAGUAUCAGUGUGUUUUAGCGGGUGUAUGAUGGUUUUUGUUUUUCAGCUAAGAGUUUUAAUGUAUUUCAGUUCAGCUGUUUUUACAUCAUCUUGUUCCUGGAUGACAGAUUUGCCCGCGUGGCUGAAUAAAUCACAAAGUUAUAAUUGCUUCCUGUAUUUAAUCUGGUUUUAGUAAAUAGUGCAUUAUGUGUUUCAGAAGGCCACAACAGGUCUCACAUGUUGAUCGUCUUUGUUUUAUAAGAGGAUAUAAAUAGAUUUGCAUUAUGGGUGACUGCAGGGUGUCAAUAUCAAUAUAACACAAGUCCAGUAUAUAUCCAUAUACUGCUCAUGCAUUGUGCAAGCACAGUGGCAAGGCUAACACCUGAUUGACCUUCUUCCGAUUUGUAAAGUGUAAUAUUGUGUUUGUUGUGAUGUGACCAUAAAGACAAGUUUAAUACCAUAACUUUCACUCAGGAGCUAUCAUCAGUUUUUAAACUUAAAAAUAAAUAAUAAUAUGACAUUUAACAAAUAUCAAUAUGAAUGAUAUUACAAUUUUCAUCUGGAUAUAAUUAUUGGCCUCAUCAUCCAGCCAUGUGCCGAUCUAUGAUGAAAAAUACAUAAUAAGAAUAUUUAA